UUGGCCAACAGUUGCGCGAAAAUGAUGAUCAAACUUUUACGUGGUUUUUGUGCAUACAAAAAACAAUAAUGAUGCGGUAUACUGCCAAUAUUGUGGGUGCAUGUUUCUGACAGUCUGCUAAUAACCUUCGAUGUUUGUUCUGUUAUUUGAAGUGAGCCGACAUAACCUCAAAAGUUCACUGAAAUGUUCAAGACACGUUAACAACCGAUUUUUUACACUAAACAAACUUUCCGUUCGAAAUUACAAAACAAUGGCCCAGAAAGUAAGUCAGAACAAGACAUACAUCGCUGUAAAUAUCCCCGAAAAUUCGAAUAAUGCAGUUCGAAAGUCAUUUUGGUCGGUUUUUAAAAGAGACGCCAGCACAAAGAACAAUAAAAAAGAGUCGAAAGAGGCUGUUUCAGCGACUCCUCGGAUCAAUAAGACCGAUUUGGUACGUCUGCUGUCUUUGGCCAAGCCGGAAAAAUGGAAACUUUUUGGAGCGAUUUGUUUUUUGCUGGUAUCGAGUACAGUAACAAUGAGCAUCCCGUUUAGUUUAGGCAAAGUGCUUGACAUCAUCUAUAGUAGUAGUGAGAACAGUGAUGAAGCGCGAGCGAAAUUAAACAAAGUAUGUGGUGUUUUAUUGUGCGUGUUUGUGUUAGGGGCGAUUUGCAAUUUCGGCCGUGUGUAUCUAAUGUCAGUAUCAGGUUAUAGAAUGACUCAAGCCCUAAGAAAACGUGUCUUUUCUACAAUACUGAAGCAGGAGCAAGGCUGGUUUGACAAGAGAUCAACAGGAGAAUUAGUAAAUAGACUCUCGGCCGAUACACAAAUUGUAGGAAAUGCGCUCUCUAGCAAUAUUUCAGACGGGCUUAGGUCAAUCGUUAUGGUUUGUGCUGGUACAGGCAUGAUGUUUUAUAUGUCGGCAGAACUGGCACUUGUGGGGUUGGCUAUCGUGCCCCCAGUUGCCAUCAUUGCGGUCAUUUAUGGAAGAUAUCUCAGGGGGAUUUCAAGAAAGGUUCAGGAUUCUUUAGCGGGGGCUACCAGUGUUGCAGAGGAGCGAAUUGCUAACAUUAGGACUGUUAAAACUUUCUCGCAGGAACCAAGAGAGGUCGAUUCUUACGCCAAUGCGAUCAAAGAUGUUUUAAGUUUGAGUUACAAAGAGGCCAAAGCUAGGGCCAUAUUUUAUGGACUGACAGGCUUUAGCGGCCACGUGAUCAUAAUAUCAGUCCUAUAUUAUGGUGGUGUGAUGGUGUCUGCGAAUACCAUAACAGUUGGAAACCUGUCAUCUUUUCUGCUAUACGCAGCUUAUAUUGGCGUAUCGUUAGGCACAUUUUCAAAUUUUUACACAGAAUUGAAUAAAUCCAUUGGUGCUGCAGCUAGAAUUUGGGAAAUUAUCGAUAGGGAACCGAUAAUACCGAUGAAAGGUGGUUUAGUGCCAAUUGCAUCCCCUGAAGGCCAUAUCCAAUUCAACGACAUCCAAUUUAGUUAUCCUGCGCGCGAUGACGUCCACAUUUUCGAAAAUUUUAAACUCGAAAUAUCUCCUGGAAAAAUGGUUGCAGUUGUCGGGCCAAGUGGUUCCGGCAAAAGCACUCUAGCUGCACUUUUGUUACGACUUUAUGAUCCUGCAAAAGGACAAGUUUUAUUAGACGGCCAGGAUAUUAAAGAAAUUGAUCCUAGCUGGUUACGACGACACGUUGGUACCGUUAGCCAGGAACCAGUUUUAUUUUCGUGUUCGAUUCGUGAAAAUAUUUUAUACGGUGCUGAUGAUCCUUCUAAAGUGACAGAAGAGGCAUUAGUCAAAGUCGCCAAAGAGGCCAACGUUUAUGAAUUUGUCCAACAACUACCUGACGGCUUUGAUACUUUGGUAGGGGAACGUGGAGUGAUGUUGAGCGGUGGACAGAAACAAAGAAUUGCGAUAGCUCGUGCUUUGAUCAAAGAUCCGAAGAUUUUACUCCUAGAUGAAGCCACAAGUGCGCUUGACGCCCAAUCGGAGCAUUUGGUGCAAGAAGCUUUGGAGAGGAUCAUGAAAGGGAGGACUGUUUUAACGAUUGCUCAUAGGUUAUCGACGAUACAAAAUGCCGACACUAUUGCCGUGUUACGCGAUGGACAUAUUGUGGAGCAAGGGAAAUACCAAGAUUUACUUAAUAUCAAAAAGGGUGCUUUUAGGGAAUUGAUGAAACAUCAAACGUUUCAAGGGAAUAUAGAAAAGACGUGAUGUACUUAAUUUAUUUUAUUUUUACACUCGUGAGGAUUUGUUACACGUUUAUUUGUUAUGCAAAUAAAAUAGUUUUACUGUU